GUGGGUUUCAGUAUUUCUCAUCUCAAACCUCUUACCUCCCCAUUGAUUUUGGGUUUCUUUCCUUCUUCAAUCAGCUCACAAUGGCUUCUGGGAGGCUUAUUCAAAACAAGAAACAAGCUUUUUGGUUCUAUAGGAUCAUCUCCAUGUUCUAUGACAGCAUCUCAAACCCUCAACACUAUACUGAAGAAAUGAGGGAAGAAGCCCUAGAGCCCUUGGACCUUCAUGAUAGGAACUUGAUAGUGGUAGAUGUUGGAGGUGGAACAGGGUUCACUACUUGUGGUGUUGUUAAACAUGUAGAUGCCAAGAAUGUUACCAUUCUUGACCAAUCUCCUCACCAACUUGCCAAGGCAAGGCAGAAGGAGCCAUUGAAGCACUGCACCAUCAUUGAAGGUGAUGCUGAAAAUCUUCCUUUCCCUACUGAUUAUGCUGAUAGAUAUGUGUCUGCAGGAAGCAUUGAAUACUGGCCUGAACCACAAAGAGGCAUCAAUGAAGCUUAUAGGGUCUUGAAACCUGGUGGAAAGGCUUGUAUGAUUGGCCCUGUGUAUCCAACCUAUUGGUUGUCUCGUUUCUUUGCAGAUAUGUGGAUGCUGUUCCCAAAGGAGGAAGAGUAUAUUGAAUGGUUCGAAAAAGCUGGAUUCAAAGAUAUUCAACUCAAAAGGGUUGGUCCAAAAUGGUUCAGAGGGGUCCGUCGACAUGGGCUGAUCAUUGGAUGCUCUGUAACAGGAGUGAAGUCAAUGCCAGGAGAUUCUCCUCUACAGCUUGGUCCAAAAGUAGAAGAUGUGAAGAAGCCUUCGAGUGCUUUUGCUUCCCUUCUACGUUUUCUUAUCGGUUUCAUAGCAUCAGUAUACUAUAUUCAGCUAACUAAAUACAUGUGGAUCAAAGAUAAGAUUGUUCCCAAAGGUACGCCUCUUUGAGAGAGAGAGAGAGAGAGAGAGAGAGAGAGAUUCCUUUUUCGUGUUAGCCUUGUUGUUGUAAUAAGAUUGCCCAGAAAUGGUGAUGGAUUAUUAGUCCUUAUGUAAUCCGUUUGGAGGGUUUUCUGUACUUUCUCCCCCCACCCAAUUUUCCCUUUCUUUGCAAUAUUAUAUGAUCGAUAUUAUCAAGAAAAAAAAAAAAUUUGCCAAUAAGUGAUGAUGGAGUCGGUCCUUGAAUUAGAUCACUAUCAAAACAUUCCAUGAUAUAUACAAAAAUCCAUAUUUCUUAUCUGAUGUUGUUCUCUCUCUCUCUCCCCUCCUUUUGUUUAUUAUCCUUUUUGAAAUAUAUUAAACUCAGUUCUAGUCAAA